GGAUAGACUGAAAUUGUCAUUCUGGGGAAGAAUCUCUGUGAUAAAGAUGAAUGUGCUACCCAAAAUGUUAUUUCUAUUUCAGACAAUCCCAAUGAUCAGUGGAACAGGACAGUUUAAAGUUUGGCAAAAAGCAUUGUCAAGAUUUAUCUGGCAGGGGAAGAAACCUAGAGUAAAGUAUAAACUUCUUACAGAUAAAAAAGAAAGAGGCGGAUUCUCACUGCCAGAUUUAAAUAUAUAUUAUGAAGCAUCUUGUUUGACUUGGUUAAGGGAUUGGAUGAAACUACAAAAUACAGACAUAUUAGAUUUAGAAGGUUAUGGAAACAGAUUUGGGUGCAUGCAUAUUUGUGGUAUGAUAAAGUCAGAGUUCACAGAGGCUUCCUGAAUCAUGCAAUAAGAAAACCAUUGUAUGAAGUAUGGAUGAGAGUAGAACAUAAAACACCAAUGGUGGGUUUCACCAGCAGAAGCAAUUUCAGUCAAGCGGUUAAAUAUGAAAGGUAAUUGGCCCACAUAUAAGGAGUUGCUAACAGAAAGGGAUAAAGUGUUAAAAAUGAAACCAUAUGAUGAAACAUGUGAUAAGCUAACAGGUUGGUUACAGUACCAACAAAUUAAUGAUGUAUUUGAAAAAGACAAAAGGAAGAAUGGCUUUGAGACAUUUAGAUGCGAAUUGUUGGAAAGUAAAACAAAAAUCCUAUCUAAAAUGUACAAGUUACUUCUAGAAUGGCAUACAAAAGAUGAGGAAACUAAGGAAGUAAUGAUAUAAUGGCCAAUAGACAUUGUCCAUAACAUUGACUUUGAUAAAUGGUCAAGGUUAUGGAAUACGGGUAUGAAAUUUACUGCAGGCAUGACACUGAAGGAAAAUAUACCGUAAUGAAAAUGAUAUAUAGAUGGUAGUUGAUCGCUACCAACUACGACUUGCCGAUCAGAAGGUUGGCGGUUCGAAUCCCCGCGACAGGGUGAGUGCUCCUGUUGCUCGGUCCCAGCUCCUGCCAACCUAGCAGUUCGAAAGCACGUCAAAGUGCAAGUAGAUAAAUAGAUAUCGCUCCGGCGGGAAGGGAAACGGCGUUUCUGUGCGCUGCUCCGGUUCACCAGAAGCAGCUUAGUCAUGCUGGCCACAUGACAUGGAAGCUGUACACCGCCUCCCUUGGCCAGUAAAGCGAGAUGAGCGCCGCAACCCCAGAGUCAGUCAUGACUGGACCUAAUGGUCAGGGGUCCCUUUACCUUUAAACUAGCAAAAAUGUAUAGAAUGAGUAAUAAGACUUUUUGGAAAUGUAAGGUUAAAGAAGGGGAUUUUUACCAUAUGUGGGGGACGUCUGAUAAAGUUAAACUAUUUUGGAACAGUAUUUACAAUGAAUUAAGAAAGAUGUUCAGGUACACCUUCCCAAAGAAACCUGAAGCUUUUCUGUUAGGAAUGCUAGGUGGGGAAAUAUCAAGAGUUGAUCAAAAAUUGUUUAUGUAUGCACAACAGCUGCUAGAAUUUUAUUAGUCCAAAAAUGGAAACAGCAGGAGUUACCAACAAUCGAAGAAUGGCAGACGAUACUGACGGAAUAUGCGGAACCGUCAAAGCUGACCGGGAGAAUCCGGAACAAGAGUGACCAAGCAUUCCAGAGAGAAGGGAGUAAAUUCAUAUCAUAUAUAGAGAACCAUUGUAAACACAGAAAGACUCUAGAAUAAAACUCACAACGUUUAAAAUAAGUAUUCCACAUCUUCAUUUAUAUACAGUGGUGCCCCGCAAGACGAAUGCCUCGCAAGACGAAAAACUCGCUAGACGAAAGGGUUUUUCGUUUUUUGAGGUGCUUCGCAAGACGAAUUUCCCUAUGGGCUUUCCCUAUGGGCUUGCUUGCGAGUUUAUUGCGAGUUUGUUUCCUUUUUCUUAAAGCCGCUAAGCCGCUAAUAGCCGUGCUUCGCAAGACGAAAAAACCGCAUGACGAAGAGACUCACGGAACGGAUUAAUUUCGUCUUGCGUGGCACCACUGUACACUAUUACAACUUUAUCAAACUUAUUAAGUGAGGCUUAAUCAUCAGUGGAUCCCAUAUGGCAAAUGGUCAUUGCGGUCUCCACUUCCUAAUGUUGAACAUAAAAGUAUAAAUUAUUCUUAGGAGAUUGUAACAUCAUUAAUUACCUAAACACCUGUUGUUACAAGAAAGGAUACCUUCUUUGCAGUAAUUCAGACAACACAGGAUAUCUAUAGAAGAAAUAAGUAAUGCAGGACCCCAGGAACACCAAAGUCAAUCAAAGAUAUUCUAAGUAAUAAUCAAUAGGUACAGGCAAUUAGAAUCUACCAUUCUUAAAGGAACAUAAUCGCAAUGAUAUCCAACUAGCAGAGAUCUAGUACAUUAAGUUCUUUACAUCUUCAUUAGUAUUUCUUAGCUUUUUAAAGAUUUAUCCAGUGUAAAUUAAUCAUAAAUAGAUUCCACCUGCUAAAGAGUCAUUGCUGUCUCCACUUUUUAUAUUGUAAUAAUCAAACGAUUAAUAUGUGACCUCAUUGAUUACCUAAAUUAUAUCAAUAGAAACAGCCAUGGCAAAUGACUAGGUCAACACACACCACAAUUGCCUCAUUGCGUAAAUCAAGUUCAGAAUACCACAACACACACGUAACUGGCUGUAAAGUAACAUAACAUUAUAUAUAAUGAAACUGUAAUCUAAUCGUCAUACCAAAAAAUUGCAAAGCACUGUUCCUGAUGGCAAUAAGAUAUCAUAUUACUAUUAUAUGUUUUUAUUGUCGUAAAGUCCAAAGAUUGUCAAGUCCAACGAUUACAACGUACAGUUCCUGUUGGCAAUGCCAUUUCAUACUGAUAUCCUCCUUCUGCAUCGUCCCAUGUCUUAAAAGUCCACUGCUUUUCUUUUGUUUUGGAGAAAGAGAUUGAGGAAAGAGAGGGGAGGAUUUCUGAAACCUUGAAUUUGUCUUUCUGCUUGAGAAAAAUACCGGUAGAUAGAAAGGGGGAAGGAGGGAGGGAAAGGGGGGUGGGAACCCCUAGACAUCCGCCUGACUGUUUUUGUGAUUUUUAAUUUCUAUUUGCCAUGGAGAGAACAUUAGAUGAAGAAAAAGGAGAGGAAGAUAGGAUGGGAGAAGUGGGCGAGGAGAGCAAGAGACACCAGCCUCCCUUUGCACCAGUGCAGCUGGUUGGCCAUCACUCACAUGGGGCUCCAUAUAAAUAUGAAAAUAUGGGUCCACCCCUGUUGCACAGCUGCCUUCUACUUUGUAUAAUCCUGCCAGAACUGCUCCUGUCUCCUCGGGAAUUUCCUCCUGCGAAGCUCUAGCUAGCACAUUUGUGCCUGAUAUCUAUAUAACCAAACGGCCCAACUCUCUCAGAUCUUUGACUGCUUUUCUUCCACGACUCAUCAGGAAACUGGUUCUUUGGCUCAGAGGGCUUCUCGGCUUCAGAGUAUGGAGGGUGUCGCAUUGAGAUGGAGAGCUGCAACAGUUGUGCUGCAAGGACUGCUGGCGAUGACCUUUCUUAUUUCAGGUACCAGUUAUUGCUAUUGGGAUGUCCUCUAGUUGCAGACCUGGGUGGUUGGGUGGGCACCAACUAGAUUUGCACAGAGAAACAAGAAGGAAUCCUAAGGUGUAUGGAAAAAGUUCAGAAAGGGGGAACCUAGUGUAGUGUUUUUUAAAAUUGUGGGAAAAUUUACCCAUGGAGAAGCAGGAAAUGAAGAAGACUGGGGCUUCUGCUCCCUUCCCUGCUGAAAAGGGAGAAGGGGGGAGGGGGUGUUUCAGCUCUUUCUGCUGAGUGACAGCUGUCAGCCAAGAAUCUGUAUCCUGCCUCUAAGCAAGGGCAGUAAAAGCAGUCCCCAUGGAGCUGUCUGCCUCCACCCAUUUUUUAUUUUUUAUUUGUUCAAACUUUACUUUCAAACCUACAUUGUGCUGUAGGUUUUUUCCAUUAUUAUUUUCUAUAUUCUCCGUUAAAAGAUAUAAAGUGCAUAAUUACAAGUGCACAGAGUAAGAUAAGACACAAUAAAGAAGAAGGAAAAGAAAAUAUGAAUACCUAUGUAGAAAACUCCACCCCACCCCCAUCUUUAUAAAUAACGUAUUAGGUUAAGUUCUGGUUAACUACAAUACCUUUUGGGGGGGGGGUUGUUAAUGCCCAUGAUUUGGUUGUCAUUGUUCUGUUUUGUCAGUUUACAUCUGACUGGUGUUGGUGUGAGUUGGAACCCAACAUUUGGCAUUGGGCUAGACACCCCUCCUAGUCCCAUCCACCUCUAUGAUUUAAUAAAGCUCUAGGACUGACCAUUCUGGCAUAGUUUUGCAUCCUCCUUUGAUAUCUACACAUGAAACCACUCACUCAGGCCUCUCCUUUGGGCCUGCGGUUCAGAACAGGCACUUGGCACAAAUUUCUGCCCCCUAAGAAUUUCUGCUUUCACUUUAAAGGGGGAAAACCUAUUUCUAGUCCCUGAUGAUUUCAAGGCAGAAAGACAUUGCUAAUAGCUUCUCCCGGAUCUCAUACCCUUUCUCCCCAAACUUCUUUUCAGGAAUUUCUGCCUUGGAGUGUUAUCACUACAGCUACAUAGAUCAUCCCACAUUCAAGUUCUAUACAUCAGAGCAGUACAUUAGAAACUGCUCCAGUGCUGAGAAUGUUUGCAUAAUUGCACAACUUACAUUAACUAUAGGUAAGUGCUGCUCUGUCAGAUGGAUCCUGUGUGGCUGCUAGAUUUUUAAGAGGAAUAGAUUUUUGAGAGGAUUUUACCUUAAAGGUAAAGGUAAAGGGACCCCUGACCAUUAGGUCCAGUCGUGACCGACUCUGGGGUUGCGGUGCUCAUCUCGCUUUAUUGGCCGAGGGAGCCAGCGUACAGCUUCCGAGUCAUGUGGCCAGCAUGACUAAGCCGCUUCUGGCGAACCAGAGCAGUGCACAGAAAUGCCUUUUACCUUCCCGCCGGAGCAGUACCUAUUUAUCUACUUGCACUUUUAGCGUGCUUUCGAACUGCUAGGUUGGCAGGAGCAGGGACCGAGCAACGGGAGCUCACCCGCCCACCUUCUGAUUGGAAAGUCCUAGGCUUUGUGGUUUAACCCACAGCGCCACCCGCCUCCCUCAUGAAAUUACUUACAACCCCUCAAAUUCUCAGCGGGAUUAACUGGGGCCUGAAAUGAUGCUUUGCAUGCUUUCAGAAUUGAGGUGCUCAAAACAUGUUUUGAUUCAUUUUAUUUUCUAUGUGCAGAUUGUUGUACAAAUCCCUGUACUCCAUUUCUUUCUUUUUUAAUAAAGAAAAUUCUUAGCUGAUUUUCUGUGGGCUGAUUUCCAACCCCAUUAUUAGGCUUCUGAAGUAUAACAACAGCCAGGAAGUGUGCCCCCUCCCCCCCCAAAAAACAGGCAUAAGCAGAAAGCAGGAAGAACUGUGUCAGCAGUUUCAAGGGGCACUCAAAAACCCAAAUCACCUCACCCCCAGAGUAAAACUGGUCAAGGUAAGAUCUUUGGAACACCCUGCCACUGCAUCAAUCUAUUGUUUGUAUAUAUGUAUCCACCCUCGUUUUAGAUAAAGACCUUUUGAUAAUGGGUUACAAAGGCUGCGCCAGCAAGGACCUUUGGGAUGGACCCAUAUCAAGUUUCUCUGGUGACCGACACUUUGCCGUCCAGUACGAUGAGAGCUACUGUCUUGGUGACCUUUGCAACGGGUAUUCGAAAAAGUGGAAGGUUCCCAAGACCCCUAUCGAGGACACAGGUAUUUUUUUAAAAGGCCACCUGACCGUUAAGUGAGAACUUACAGUUUCACUUGUUGGGUGGUUGGUUGUCAAUAGGGAGGCUUGAAGAAUUCAAUUUUGGAGAUUUCUAAGGCAAGCAGCCCUGUUCCCCAACUCUUGGGCUCCUAUGCCAAAGAAAAGGUAACCCCGCUUCUCAAGAAAUGGACAGGACGGUGUGCUUUAGGGUGUAAUUUAGCUGCGAGAGCAUGGGAAAGGUUUGGCGGAGUGGGAACAUGGGGUGCGCUGUAGGGGAGGGGUGAGCUGGGGUAAAGGGAGGGGACGUGCUCAGGUGUGGGAUUUGACAAAGAGUCUGGCAGGUUUGGCAAGUGGAGAAAGGCAAGGGCAGCAGCUCCUAGUAUGUGCAAACAUUCGCACACAUUCUUUGCAAUGCAAAAUUCAAGAACGUUUGGGUUUCAAAGGAUAGCUUUUUUUCUUCAUGUAUCGACCUAUACUCAUAUGUAUUCAUUUCAGUGGGUUUACCCUGAGUACAAUUAAGGUACUGACUGCUUUGUAAAGGGAAAAUUAAGUAGGUUCACUUUGAUAUGCAAAGCAAACCGAAAGAUUCCCCCCCCCCAAUCAUUAUUGAAGAGACAGAAUAAUGGGGGAGCCUCCUAUAAAGGCGAGCCACCCUUUUCAACCCAGCCCCACAUUAGCAGCUUAAUGGGGUGAGUGAUGCUCAACAGGCCCCUUGCUCUUCAUUUUGCUUUCUUAUUGCAGCAGCUGAAAUAAGCAGCUCCAACCAGUGUUACUCAGGCUUUGAUCAUACCUACUACGGAAUACUCCAGCAGACUAUGAGAUGCGGCAGGGGCUACAACCAAUGUUACAAUGGCAGUAAGGUCAUUUCAGUAGGUGAGUUCACCCUAGGAAAUUUCUUCCACAGCUCCUGGCCUACAAAACAUUUUGCCCCCUGCUGAACAGGACUUGUUGGGAAGCAUUCUUUGCAAUUAAUUGUUCAACCUCCCAACCUAUGCAAAUAUGAUUUAUGAGUGUGUGGCCAAAGCCAUUACAGAGCAUAAAAUACAUAAAAGAUUAUAAAAUACAUUACAGAGUUAAAACAAAUAAUUAAAAUAGUUUUUAAAACCAAACGUUAUUGUCAGUUCAGAGUUUGCUCCCCGGAAGAAUUUAACUUCCUCCCACAGAUUCCCCCCUCAGAAUUGACAAUCUAAGGCAAAACAGGCCAUUUUUUCAGAGGUGUAGGGGGCCCUGCCCCCUAAGAACUCAUGGAUGUGGGUUACGCCUCAGGCUCCGUGUUCUUCACGAUUCCCUGUGGUGUUCCACUGCAUGCUGGGGAAAGAGGGGCAACACCCCUCAUGCCUAACGUUUUGUGCCUUUCUUUUCUUCCCUUCCUUCCAAACAUCAACAGGAGGCCUCCAAACAUCAAUGAUCUUCAGAACCUGCCAGCGCCCAGCCUGCAUUGAUAUGAGAACUGAUUUCACCAGUAAUAUAAAUAUCACCAACAAGUGGGGGUCGUGUUGCUCCGGCAGCAAUUGCAAUAGCAAUAUAAUUAACCCAACCAAUUUUGGUGUGAGGAGCACCACCAACCCAUACCUGUCUUAUGAUCAUAAUGGGUCAGGUUUCCAAGGGCUCAGUCUUCAACUUUGCCCUUUACUGGCAGUCCUAGGAGCCACCAUCCUCGGGAUAUGGGGGUAAGGAAGGGGGUUUGGGAGCACCUGAACUGCUGUAACCUGUAUUUGGGUUUGGAAGGGCUGUGUUGUGGAGAAGGAAAGAAGGAAGGAAGGAAGGCGGGGAGUUAGGGCUCCAAGACAGUAUCCUGUUCCAACCAAUUGCAUGUAUGGCUCAUAUCUAUAAAAUAAAAUUUUAUUUGGAUAACCACUUCCUUGGGGUCUGAUUCUCUUCCCAAAACCAAGCUAUUUGUUUGCUUCCCAAGACCCCACAGAUUUGGGCUGUGAUGGCAAGAUACUAAGAGCUAUACCCAACUAACUUCUACUCGGAACAGAUCCACUGAAAUCAAUGGACCCAAGUUAGCCCUGUGCAUUAACUUCAAUGGGACUACUCUCCAUAGGACUGGCAUUGGAGACAACCCAUAAACUACAUCUUCAAUAUAAUAAUAUUGUUAUAGAUUUAGGGGGACCCCUAAACUCUAGAAAUUAAUAAAUGCUAGGAUGUUAAUUAUUUGAGAUUUGAGAUAUGAAGAGAGGAAUUCCUGGACUAGCCUAUGCAAAAUGACCUGGCCAAACUAAGGCCAUUAAGGAACAAUAGGGGUCUCUAGAGGGUCAUUGUCAUCACAAGAGAACCAUCCUUCCCCCCUGCCCUGAGGUGUGAACAGAGACUGGGGGUUUGGAAAGUUGCCAGGGGAACCGGGUGUGAAGUGACAGGAAAAGAGAGUUUUGAGCAAAUGCUGCUGGGAAUAAGAAGAAGGAAGAAGGACUGGGAUCCAUCUUCGGCAGGCUGGCUAAAGGCAGGGGAAGAGAGAUGCCUUGGUCUUCCUCUUGAAAGGACUCUUCUGUAAGAUGUGAACUCCCUCCAUGCAGAUUUAAGGUGUAAAUAGGUGACUUAUGAAUAUUUAUUAAAAUUGCAACAAUC